GAACACGGUUGGUCCCAGCAUUUCAACUUUCCUAUACAGAGUUAUUUUCUUUGAAGUACAACUUCAUUUUUCAAGUUCAACCUACCAAAAAUUAUGCGCUUUAAUUGAUUUGGUUAUUUAAAAUUUUAACAAUAUGUUUGAAACUGAUACAGCUCUUCUUACAAGUACCGGUAAAUAUUCUUUGCCAACAUGGAAAAAAGUAGGAGUGUGUUUUGUUUUGAUUAUCUGUUUCGUCAGCCUGUACGUUACAUUGUCAAAACUUGAUUUUGAAAAAAAAUUAAUAACCCAAUCUUUCUAUGAUCAGAGAUCUGUGGAAAUAGUUACAGUCAUACCACGUCAAAAAUGGAUUUCACAUCCAGCUGUGAAACAAGUCCUAAUAACUCAACCAGCAUCCUAUAUAAUCAUUAGCCAUACAGACACCGACACCUGCUAUACUCAGGACCAAUGUUAUAAUCAAAUAUUAGAACAUACAUUAAUGUCGGAAAGUUAUAAAAGCCGAUUUAAUGAUCUAGGUUACAAUUUUUUAAUUGGUAACAAUCAAAUAUACGAACAUCGCGGCUGGGGUGUUCAACCACAUAAUUAUUAUAAUUACAAAGAUAACAAUUGCAUCAGUAUAGCUCUUAUUGGAAAUUUUAGCGAAAUACGUCCUGUCGACUCUCAACUUGAAAAUCUCCAAAAACUUAUACAAUAUGGCAUUGAAAAAGGCAAAAUUCAUAAAAAUUAUAUAUUAUUAGGUCUUAAACAAUUUCGUAAUACUAAUAGUCCUGGUCAAGUUUUAUUCAAAAUUAUACAAAAGUGGGAUCAUUGGUCUGAAAUCCCACAGAAUUAUUAAAUUUCUAAUAAUUUUUUUUGUUUAAAAACGUUUCAAAAAGAUGUAACACAUACAUUUACAUAAUUUUCGUAUAUAUUUUCAAUAAUUAUGGUGAUAUUUUCGUAACGUAUAUCAAAUUAAGUGCUGUCAUGAAUAUAAUAAAAAUAUGGACGUUUUGAUUUAGCUGAACGUACUAACAAAUCUAACGGAUAAGUUGCGAUUUUAGAAAUUGAAAGUCAUAAAAUAAUCGUGUACUUACCCACAAAUUCAUACAAUUUUCAAAUUUUUGUGUGGAAAAAUGAAUUUACUUUUAUGCAUAACGUAGUAUUAUGAGAUUUACAUGUAUCUGCGAAAACAAAAUGAUUUAUUAAAACUAUAAUAAAUAUUUAAAUAAAAUGGAUUGUAGGAGCAUUAAAAGUUAUAGGUUAAAUUUUAUUAGUACAUGUUAUCAAUACAAAAUAAUUAUGCUUAAUGUGAAAUAAAUAUACGAAAUAUUAGGAUAACUAUCGUUAGAAAUAUGAGAAUAAGCUGCUUGUAUGAUAUAACGCUGUUUCAAAUUUAUUUGUAUGUUCUUUAUAAAAAUAAUAAAUUACUUAUAGAUCAUAGAUAGUAAAUUAAGUCAAUAAAUAUCGUAUAUUAUAAUAUAGGUUCCUAUUGUUUAGAAC